CCCGCUUCACCGCCGUGUCGUGACGUCACACUUCUCUGCGCUUCUGGACUCGCUUGAAGAAGAUGGCGGCCUCCUCAGGAGUUAUUAAGGUCCCACGAAACUUCCGCUUGUUGGAGGAGCUGGAAGAGGGGCAGAAAGGUGACGGCGACGGCACGGUUAGCUGGGGCUUGGAGAACGACGACGACAUGACUCUCACACAGUGGACCGCCAUGAUCAUCGGGCCUGUCAGAACCAAUUACGAGAACAGAAUAUACAGCCUGAAAGUGGAAUGCGGACCCAAAUACCCAGAAACGGCCCCAACUGUUAGAUUUGUAACAAAAAUCACCAUGAAUGGGAUAAAUAAUUCCAACGGGACGGUGGACUCGCGUAGCAUACCAGUAUUAGCCAAAUGGCAGAAUUCUUAUAACAUUAAAAUUGUCCUUCAAGAGUUAAGGCGUCUAAUGAUGUCAAAAGAAAAUAUGAAGCUUCCGCAGCCACCAGAAGGACAAAACUACAGUACUUAAUCACCAUGGAUUGUUUUGACCCUCUGUCUUAAAAAGCCAACGUAGAAAUAUCAUGUCAACAAAAAGAAACAAGAAAACAAAGGAAAGAAACAUUGCACAUCAUCAGUAUUGUCCAUGCAAGUGCAGGUUUGGACUCUCGUAUUAUGGCCUGGCUCUUUCAAAAAAAAAUUAAUGCCCACUGCAUUUCAGCAUAAAAGAUGCCAACAAGAGCAGUUAUUGAAGUGACUAUUAUGUUCAAGUUGUACCAGCAAAAGUGCUGCUUUCUGUUUUCCCGACGACUGAUCACUGAAGUUGUGUGUACACCCAAGGGCCCAACGAGCAGACACUUUUUUUCUGUUGUUUUUUACAUUCAACAUGCAGAUGGCUCCAUACAGAACUGUGACUGUAAUCUCCAAGUAGUGUCAUGAGGUGAGAGAUCUUUUCUUUUUUUUUUAAAAUAAAUAUAUGAAUAUAUAUUAUGUAUUUGACACAAUACCAAUGUUUCUGUUUUCGAGCUUUUUCUCUUUGACAUGUAACAGACGUUGAAGCCUGUUCUGUUCCGGAAAAAAAACAACUUGCAUUUAACGUCUAGUGAAAAUGGCAGGUGUACGAACUUGUGAUUUUACUGAAAUAAAAAAAUCACUGCGAAAAACCCGCAA